UCUCCAAAGAGCUCAUUGGGUCUCCGAGCUUCUCUCCUGGCUGAGUCUCUGCUCCCUGCUCUGGGCUGAUACACAUAUCCCAGCGUACAGCCCCACAGCUAUACACCGCUUUAUCGCUCGCGUUAUUGUCUGAGCAUUUAGUGGGAUUUUAAAGAAGAAAAAACUUUCAAAAUAUAGAUUAUUUAAAAGCAAGGGGGUCGUGUAAGGUGUGAGACGCAAUGUUGCCUGGUGGGAACAUUUGGCUUCUUGUGGUGCUUUGGUUCACUCCUUGCCACCUCUCUCGGGUGUCCCAGCCAAGUGAUUACGACUACGUAAGUUUCCAACCCGAGCUGGGACGUCAGUAUCAGAGUGGAAGGUUCUACUCCCGACCGGCGCAAUGUGUGGACAUUCCUCAGGACCUUCCGCUAUGCCAUGGAGUGGGAUACAACAAGAUGGUGCUGCCAAACCUUCUGGACCACGAGACCAUGGUGGAGGUGAAAUACCAAGCCAGUAGCUGGGUGCCAUUACUCAGCAAGAACUGCCACCCAGGCACCCAAGUCUUCUUGUGCUCUCUGUUUGCCCCGGUGUGCCUUGACCGGCCCAUAUACCCAUGCCGCUGGCUGUGCGAGGCGGUCAGAGACGGUUGCGAACCUGUCAUGCAGUACUUUGGUUUCCCUUGGCCAGAAAUGCUUCGCUGUGACCAGUUCCCACGAGAUGACGUCUGUAUCGCAGUAACAUCGCCCAAUGCCACCCAAGCCCCGCGCCCUCGAAAGACCGAGGUGUGUCCUCAAUGUGACAGCGAGAUCAAGGCUGACACCCUGUACGAGCACAUGUGCGCCAGCGAAUUUGCCCUUAAAGUCACAAUACGAGACGUAAAGAAGGACGGUGGAGACCGCAAGCUGGUGCUCCGUAAGAAGAAGGCAUUAAAGAAAGGGCCAAUCCAGAAGAAGGACUGGGGGGAUCUCGUUUUGUACUUGAAGAACGGGGCAAAUUGUCCUUGUCACCAGCUGGAUCAGUUGAGUGGACAAUUCCUACUCCUUGGACGAAAGUUGAAGAACCAACACAUCCUCACUGCCGUACAUAAGUGGGACAAGAGCAACCGAGAGUUCAACCGCUUCAUGCGCAAAGUCAAAAAAAGCAAGUGCCCCAAACCUCACUCCGUCUUUAUGUGAGAUUCAUUCCCUUUCAAAGACAGUGUGUUGUGUCCCAGUGCUGCCCCAUCUCAAUCCCUGGAGCUGGGACUCUUGAAGCAGAGCAAGGCUCCGAGAAGAUGGCGAAGGGGACACAAGCUUUACCCUUUCAAAUAUUGCAGAUUUUGGGAGCAACUGCAGCUGAGAGUAAAGGGACUGAGCAGCACAAAGCUACAGAAACGGCACACAGUGAUGCUGUGCUUAUUAACUCACUCAUCCAUAAAGUGUAGACUUUUUUUUUAACUACGGCCUCUAAAAACCUCUCAUUCCUUCCCAUAUUCACUCAUUUAGCAAAAUAGCAUCUAUGCCAACUGUUUUUCAUUUACGCACCAAGCAAAGACAUGCAAGCUGGAAAAAACAUAUUGUACAUUAAUCCCUGACUAUGUCAUAGCUGCCAACAGUCCUAACAAUAGAGCUUGGAGUGAUGGCAGCGCUGCACGUGCACGUUCCAAGUUGGGCGUUGCACAUGCUGAUAAAGAGACAGAGAGAGAGAGAUGGGGUGUUGCUUGUGCAGAACACCCAGUAAAAAUCAUGAUGUCUCUUCAGCAGGAUAAUGUCAUGGUGACAUCACACCUUUUGUAGGCAGAAUCAUUAUGUCACGUCGAGUGUCUUGGGAAAGUGAACCCCAAAAGUUAGUUUGCAUGUUAAUAGGGGUAGCUAAGACACCAAGAUGGCUGAUUAUGGGACCAUCAAGGAAAGGUGCAGGUCAACAGUUGAAGACCCACAUGUUGGCUACGUAUAUGGUCUAAAGAGAAUGUUAAGUAUAAACUUAACAUUGAUAAAAAGAGUAAUGCUGCCUAUAAAUUGUGUUAACAGAAAUGUGCGAUAAAUUACUUUUCUUAAUUUCCUGUAACUUCUGCUGAUGAUGUCUCCCAGCACCCACCCACUUCUUGUUUUAUGUAGAAAACAAGAUAUAAAAGAAGGUUUAUUCAUUCGUAGGCUUACAAAUUCUCCGCUCAUAUUCCUGAUUAAUUGUUCAAUUUGAGAAAACAAAUAAAUGCUGUAUUUUCUUGAAUAUAA